AUGGACAUCAUCCCCCGGCGUCUCCUCUUCAUAGCCUCAAUAGGCAAUCCAGCCCCGUACCAAAAAACCCGCCACAGCGCAGGCCACCUGUUGCUGGACGCCCUAAAACCGCUCCUAGAAACCACAAUGCCAAACACAGGCCUAUACCACGAAACCUGGCAAAGCCCCGCAUACAUGAACGAAUCAGGCCCGAAACUCGUACGGCGCUUAGAACAAUGGGCAAGCGAGCGGGCAAACCGACUCGAAAGAAUCGCCAAUGUUACCGCAGCCCGUUCCUCAACAAACCUCCCGCAAACAACUACAUACCCAACCACACUCAUCAUUCUCCACGACGAACUGUCCAUUGCUCAAGGCAAGGUACGGGUUAUACGCGGCGGGCCUGAAUCGUUUAGUUUGCGAGGUCAUCGCGGUCUGAUCAGUAUCUGUGAGACAUUGCGGAAGAAGGGAUUGUAUCCGCGGUCGUCUGGUGCGAAGGGUGUUUCGGGGCCGUUGGCGGAUCUUUCGAUCUUGCGUAUUGGUCUUGGGAUUGGACGGCCGACGUCACAUGAUACGAAAGCUGUUUCUGAUUAUGUGCUGAAGACUGUUAGUGAUAGUGAGCUUAAGGCUUAUCAUGCUGCGGCGAUGCCUGUUGUUGUUGCUAUUCGGGAUGAGCUUUUUAGGCCUGCGGGGAAGGUCUGA